CCCGAAAGGGCCGGGCCAGCGGCGGCGGGAGGACGCCCGGAGCUGGUCCGCGGCUCCCCGGAGCAGCGCGGCUCCGGCACUGCCUCAGUCAUGUCCUCCAGCUCCCCUCCGGGCGAGAAGAAAAGCCGCAGCCUGGGCCGGCUGUCGCUGCCCAGGAAGGGCAGCAUGACGCCCGGUAAGAAGCCCUCGUCGCUAGAGCUGGCCGAGAGCACCCCGAACGCCCACUACGCUCCGCUCCCCGACGGCCAGGGCGGCCAGCAGCCGGCGGGCAGCAGCCCGGUGCCCUCCCGGGAGCGGCCGCCGCGGCUGAGGAGCGAGGUGGUGGUAGUGAGCGCCGACAGCCCGCGGCCCCCCGUCAGCCUCGACCCCCGCGUCUCCAUCUACAGCCUCCGCAAGCCGUUGCUGAGCCGCAGCAACAUCCAGGGCAGGGUCUACAACUUCUUGGAGCGGCCCACGGGCUGGAAGUGCUUCGUCUACCACUUCACCGUUUUCCUUAUUGUGCUGAUAUGCCUUAUCUUCAGUGUGCUUUCGACAAUUGAACAGUAUGCAGCUCUUGCUACGGGGACGUUAUUUUGGAUGGAAAUUGUAUUAGUGGUAUUCUUUGGAACAGAAUACGUGGUUCGGUUAUGGUCAGCAGGAUGCCGCAGUAAAUAUGUCGGAAUAUGGGGAAGGCUCCGUUUUGCUAGGAAGCCUAUUUCAAUCAUUGAUUUAAUUGUAGUUGUUGCUUCCAUGAUAGUUCUGUGUGUGGGCUCUAAAGGUCAAGUCUUUGCAACCUCAGCUAUCAGGGGCAUCCGUUUCCUGCAGAUUUACGAAUGCUGAUGUGACCGUCAGGGUGGUACAUGGAGGCUUCUGGGAUCAGUCGUGUUCAUACACAGACAAGAACUGAUAACUACACUCUACAUUGGAUUUCUGGGCCUGAUUUUUUCCUCUUAUUUUGUGUACCUGGCUGAAAAAGAUGCUGUAAAUGAUUCUGGGAGAACAGAGUUUGGCAGCUAUGCGGAUGCCCUGUGGUGGGGAGUGGUGACAGUUACAACUAUUGGCUACGGGGAUAAAGUGCCUCAGACCUGGAUUGGAAAGACCAUUGCAUCUUGUUUUUCAGUGUUCGCAAUUUCGUUUUUUGCACUACCUGCGGGAAUUCUUGGUUCAGGCUUUGCCCUAAAGGUACAGCAGAAACAAAGACAGAAGCAUUUCAACCGUCAAAUUCCAGCUGCUGCCUCUCUCAUACAGACUGCAUGGAGAUGCUAUGCAGCAGAAAACCCAGACUCUUCUACGUGGAAAAUAUACAUUCGAAAACCUGCCAGAAAUUAUCAUUUGCUGUCACCCAGUCCAAAACCGAAGAAAUCUGUGAUGGUUAAAAAGAAGAAAUUUAAGUUAGACAAGGACAAUGGGCCUUCUUCUCCAGAUAAGAUGCUAACUGUUCCACACAUCACUUAUGACCAUGUGUCUGAUGACAGGAAACCUGAUUUCAGUUUUGAUACAUACGAAAAUUCUGUGAAAAAAAGCCCGACGUUUUUAGAUGUGAACACAGGACCCUUCAUCAGGACCAACAGCUUUGCCGAUGAGCUUGACCUGGAGGGUGAAACUCUGUUGACCCCAAUAACUCACAUCUCACAGCUGCGAGAACAUCACCGUGCUGCGAUUAAGGUGAUUCGUAGGAUGCAGUAUUUUGUGGCAAAGAAAAAGUUCCAGCAAGCUAGAAAGCCCUAUGAUGUCCGAGAUGUUAUUGAGCAGUAUUCCCAGGGUCAUCUAAACCUGAUGGUGCGAAUCAAGGAGUUACAGAGGAGGUUGGACCAAUCCAUAGGAAAGCCAUCUCUUUUUAUCUCCGUCUCAGAAAAAAGCAAAGAUCGAGGGAAUAACACGAUUGGUGCCAGGCUGAACAGAGUGGAGGACAAGGUUACACAGAUGGACCAGAAACUGAACCUCAUUACAGAUAUGCUGCAUCAUCUGGUUUCCAGUCAGCAGGGGGAUCAAGGGAACAACAGAUCAUCUCAGAGAGGCAACAACGUUAAUUCAGAUCUCUUUCUCCCUAAUAACACCCUACCAACCUAUGAGCAACUGACAGUACCAAGAAGAAACGAAGAUGAUAUAUCCUGAUAUGGUAUAAGUCUGGAUUGGGCUCUUCCCACCUUUCUUCUUUAAAUGGGACUGAAUGCUGAGAAUCUGGAAGGAAUUAAGUUUAUCUGCCAUCCAACAAAGCACGUGACUGCUGUGUAUAUACACCACUAGUCUCAAACACACUCUUCUAAAAGCCGCUCGUAGUAGCCUAAGGAUUGCCAGGCUGUGUUCUACCAGGCAAAACUUACAGAAACCUCCACAUUGAUUUUGUUCGUCAACAAAAAUGAUCACAACUCAUUAUUGCUCCUAAAGACCAAAACAAUGUAAAGAGAGGCAAAAUUGCAAGGAUUUAGGGAUCCUUUAAUAAUAAUAAUAGUAAUAAUAAUAUUCUAAUAAUACUUGAACUUAGAUGGAAAAUGUGCAUUUUGUUUAUGAAUCUGCAGAUAGCAAUAUAUUUCUACUACUAAUGUUUUUAAAACAAAGUAGGAUAACUUAUGUUGUUUUAUUGUAUAAACAUACCACUAACAUUCUAGAGAAUGACAAACCACAUGCUGAAUGAUUUUCUUUUGCUGUUUUAUUUUAACGUUGCUAUAUAAACAUUAUCAGAUAAUGACCAGAUUUUUUUAAUCUGUUUUUCUUCAGGGAGGAACUAAUCCUUAAUCUGGAACAAUACUAUUUAUAGUGGAAAGUACUAUAGAUUUUUUAAGAUAUCAGUUUUUCAUGGGGAGACUAUAAAGUAUUAUAUAGAAAAAAUGAUUCUGCUUUCUAGGAAAUUGUUGCCAAAGAAUUUAUAUAUAAAUAGAAAACAGAGUGGUCUGAAUGUACUUGUCCUGAAAUAGCUUUUUAAAAAGAAGGCCCACUUCUUCUUAAAUCUACUCUUUUUUUUAGCUUACACUAUCCAAAAAUAGUACAGCAGUCUGAAGUGACUGGACUUGCAGGUCAAGUGCUUUAGCUGAGCAUCCAUAAUUCUUGCAGGACUUGAGGCCCCAGUUCAGGAAAGCAUCUCUCAUCCAGACAGCAUACAUGACAAUUUGAAUAGUUUCCUGAAUAACAGCUUGAGAAAUUUGAUUCCCUUCCAGAGUCAUUUGGUAUUUAAAAGUGCUAGCUCUAAUGUAGAGGACACAGGGCCUCACCUACAAACCACAUUACCCCAUGUUAUAGUUGCAGUAAGAACAGCAGAGUUUGGCUUGGUGUGAUUUUGCACAUGCACAACCUUAGCAGGAUUGGAGAUUUGAUUACUAAGGCUGAAAUUCAACCCUCACAGAUAGCCAGCACCUGUACCAUACCCACCCUUCUUUGAAAGCAGAACAUUUUUAAGGUUGACAGUGUCAGAAAGCUGAGGAUGACAGCACAGCUAAUUAGUCCAGUGUGGUGAUGGUAGCCCAUACUGCGGGCAAAGGAAGGGGGAGACAUGGACAGGUUAAUCAGGUCUUGCACUCUGAGCAUCAUACACAUCUAGGGAACCGCACUGCAGAAACUGUACCAACAGUAGUCCCCUCCCAGCUGGGGACACCAGGUGCCAGCAACAGCUCUCUAAGCCUCACCAUGCAGGUGGAAAGGAAAGGAGCUGCAAUGAAAGCCUGCAGCGAGGAACCAGGGCUCCAUGCUGAACAAAUCUCUGCGGCAAGGCACAGCUCAUCAGAGCUUUGCGCUAUCCCAGCCUGCCUCGCAGGCAGGCGCAGCCAGAUCUCCUGCCCCACCCCAGGGAUGUCUCGGCUGCUGCGACUUUAGCAAAGUGAGAAGUCUGUAACUUGUGUUUCAAUCUAGCAAUGGAUGUAAAAAUGUAAGAUUUCAGUGUUUGUUUGAAAGCAAGCAGACUUAAAAACCAACAACAAACUAUUGGAAAACUGAUGUCCUAAAGCAUCAUAAUUUUACACAGCAGUUCCCAUUAUAAACCUUUGUUAUAUACAAGCAGUCCAAAUUGAGAUUUCAGGGAACCAUCUCAUAGUACUGCUUAUAUGCUGGACUUUGUUUUAAACAUUUCAUCUAUUUCACUUGGACUGCAGAGAAAAGUAUACUGUAUUUAAUUAACUUCAUGUUAUAAUUAUCUGGUCUUGCUGCUGUACAAUAGAUAAAAAUGUUAAGGGUGUAGACAUUUACAGACAUAAACAGGAAUUGUACCUGGGCAUUAUGUUUUAUAGAAAAUCAAAAUUGUUGCGAUGAUUUUGAAUAUUUUUUCAAUGAAAUUCACUCUGUAAUUUCAGCUUAUCAAUCAGCCUAUUAAUUUCCUAAUAAAAUACAGGACAAGAGUACCGUGUCUUCUGUUUUUUCUAAAAUCCAGAAAUUUGAUACAUGUGGGAAAUUUGCUGGCUUUUCUUUUUUUUCUCUUAGUACAGUGUAUGGAUGUCUCAGUUGCAGCACAGGACUG